AGUCUGUAGUCUGUAGUCUGUAAACUGUAGUCUGUAGGCAGUAGUCUGUAGUCUCUAGUCUUGUAGUCUCUAGUCUGUAGACUGUAGUCUCCUCUGCAGCAGCAGCGGCAUGGGCUGGUGCCGGUGCCGGUGCCAGGCGGUGGGGGAUGAGGAGGAGAGGUGGGAGUGACCGAGGGAAGGAAAGAGGAAACACGUAGAGCCUCCUCACGUCGCUCCGGCUGAGAGAAGCAGCCUGCAGCAGCUCCAGCUGGAAGGAGCGACCGCUGCCUUCUGGAGGAGCCGCCGGAGGAGCUCUAUUGUUCACACGGAGCGGCUCGUUUCUGCGGGUUUCCAGGUUCAGGAGGAAAGGGGGUCACCCAUGCUAAACUCAGGGACAAUGGAGGAAUUCGUGACCGAAGAGGAAGAGCCAUGGUACGACCAGCAGGACCUGGAGCAGGACCUCCACUUGGCGGCAGAGCUGGGUAAGACUCUGCUGGAGAGGAACAAAGAGCUGGAGGAUUCCCUGCAGCAGAUGUACAUCACUAAUGAAGAGCAAGUGCAAGAGAUCGAGUACCUGUCGAAGCAGCUGGAUGUUCUCCGGGACAUGAACGAGCAGCAUGCCAAAGUGUACGAGCAGCUGGACGGGACUGCCAGAGAGCUGGAACGCACCAACCACACGCUGGUCAUGGACAGCAAGGGCUCACAACAGAAGAUAGAGAGGUUGACAGGGACCAUUGACUCUUUGCAGAACCAGGUGGAGUCUCUCUCAGGGCAGGUGGAGCAGCUUCGCUCCAUGGAGCAGCUCCGAGUCAGGAGGGAGAAGAGGGAACGACGCAAAACCAUCCACUCCUUCCCUUGCCUCAGGGAGCUCUGCACAGCACCCAAGUAUGAAGAUGAGUUUGUAGUGGGCAGAGCUGAGAGCUUUACAGUGGAUACAAAGCGUCCACCGUUUGAAGAAGAGAACCAACAUCUGAGGGAGGCGGUGUCGGCUCUCCGAGCGGCUGCCCGGGCUGAGAGGGGUCGUAGGGAAGGAGUGGAGAGGGAGUGCAACCACCUCCUCGCAGAGUUCUCCCGCCUGCAGACACGGGUGCAGGAUGCUGAGAGCUGCCAGGCGAGGGUACGGGAGUUGGAGGUGGAGCUACAGGAGCUGCAGCAGCUACGUCGUGCUCGGACUUACCUGCUGAGCGGAGAGGACGACGGCGUGGGUCUCACCCAGACUGUCCUCAACAGCACCCCGGAGACCGACACUUUCCUGGAAGUGGAGGUCGGGGAGACCGGAGGAGGCGUGAGGGAGGAGACCGAAGGUGGAGGAGGAGUGGGAGGAGAGGCCCUCCCGGAGUCCAGCCCUGUCAGGAAGAGCUGCAGUGACACGGCCCUCAACGCCAUCGUGGCCCGCGACGCGUCCGGCCGCAGGAGAGGCAGCUACGCCCUCCACGCCAACAGCGUGAGGAAGAGAGGGAUGUCCAUCCUCAGGGAGGUGGACGAGCAGUACCACGCCUUAUUGGAGAAGUACGAGGAGUUGUUAGGGAAGUGUCGGCGCCACGAGGAGAGCCUGUGUCACGCCGGCGUCCAGACUUCCAGACCCGUCUCCCGAGACCCGUCCAUGAAAGACUGCGCCAUGGGCCCCACCCCGGCGCCUCCCUCUACCCCCACCCAGUCGCCCUCCACCCCUGAAGCCAUAGAGAGCAUCAGCAAGCAGGUGGAGGCGGUGGAUAAGAGGCUGGGACAGAACACUCCAGAGUACAAAGCCCUUUUUAAAGAGAUCUUCUCUCGUAUACAGAAGACCAAGAUGGACAUCAAAGCUACCAAAGCUGCUAAGGCUAGCAAAUCUGGCAAGUCUGGCAAGUCUAGUAAACAGUGAUGGUUCACUGAUUGGCUCUAGGGAGGAUGAUAAUGUGCUAUGUCAGUGACUACAUUUACAUGCACAAAAAGAUUCAGUUUUUUCCCCUUAUUCCCAAAAAGACAAUAUUCCUACUAAGCGGUUUACUAGGCCAAUGAAAAUCAAUAUUCCACUAAUAUUCCCGUUUACAUGCAGCUGUGCAUACUCCGAUUAACGUAACCGGUGGUGGACUUGUUUGAGUCCUAAAAAACGGAAAUGAGUUAGCAUUUUAGCACUUCCGGUUUCCUCGCCUGCAAGUCAAUGGGUUUUAGUUAGAUGCCUGAAAUAAGCUCUGUGGUUACAACAAGCUGAAGAGAUUUUAACGUUUUGUUCUACGACAUAAAGUACAUCAAUAAAUACCCCACUCAUGAUUUUUGAAG